GAAGUUUAGAAGAGAGGUUGAUUUCCGGUUUGGUCGCCGGCACUCUCCGGGGGUUCCGUCUGCUACGUCUGCCGCCGAGACGCAGGUUUGAUUCAACACUUCUCCUAAAGUGUCAUCAGCUGUCAGAAGAUUGGCAUGUACCAGUAAUUUCUCAUCUUAUGGAGGUUUGACCAGAUCAAAAUUGGUAGUUGUUGUGCAGAAGGACUUUUAAGAGGGGGAAGAAAAUCUGAAAACAAAAGGGAAGAAAAGAUGUCUUCUAACAGGAGUCAGAAUCCACAUGGACUUAAACAGAUUGGCUUGGACCAGAUCUGGGAUGACCUGAGAGCUGGGAUUCAACAGGUGUACACCAGACAGAGCAUGGCAAAAGCCAGAUAUAUGGAACUUUACACUCACGUUUAUAACUACUGCACCAGUGUACAUCAGUCAAAUCAAGCACGAGGAGCUGGCUUACCUCAGUCAAAAUCAAAAAAAGGACAGACACCUGGAGGAGCCCAGUUUGUAGGGCUGGAACUGUACAAACGACUAAAAGAAUUCCUGAAGAAUUACUUGACAAACCUCCUUAAGGAUGGAGAGGAUUUAAUGGAUGAAAGUGUAUUAAAAUUUUACACCCAACAAUGGGAAGAUUAUCGGUUUUCAAGCAAGGUUUUGAACGGUAUCUGUGCAUACCUCAAUCGACACUGGGUUCGACGUGAGUGUGAUGAAGGCAGAAAAGGAAUAUAUGAAAUUUACUCCCUUGCAUUAGUUACUUGGAGGGAUUGUCUCUUCCGACCUUUGAAUAAACAGGUGACAAAUGCUGUGCUGAAGUUGAUUGAAAAGGAGCGAAAUGGAGAAACAAUAAACACCAGACUUAUCAGUGGGGUUGUACAGUCUUACGUUGAGUUAGGCUUGAAUGAAGACGAUGCCUUUGCCAAAGGCCCGACGUUGACAGUUUACAAAGAGUCUUUUGAGUCUCAGUUUUUGGCUGACACAGAGAGAUUUUACACAAGAGAGAGUACAGAGUUUCUACAGCAGAAUCCAGUCACAGAGUAUAUGAAAAAGGCAGAAGCACGGCUUCUGGAGGAGCAGCGCAGAGUGCAAGUAUACCUUCAUGAAAGCACACAAGAUGAACUGGCACGGAAAUGUGAACAAGUGUUAAUUGAAAAACACCUAGAGAUCUUCCACACAGAGUUUCAGAAUUUAUUAGAUGCGGACAAAAAUGAAGACUUGGGUCGAAUGUACAAUCUUGUAUCUCGAAUUCAAGAUGGUCUGGGUGAACUGAAGAAAUUGUUAGAAACACAUAUUCACAACCAAGGACUUGCAGCUAUAGAAAAAUGUGGGGAGGCUGCACAAAACGAUCCCAAAAUGUAUGUACAGACCGUUUUAGAUGUACACAAAAAAUAUAAUGCACUAGUCAUGUCAGCGUUCAACAAUGAUGCUGGCUUUGUGGCCGCACUAGAUAAGGCUUGUGGUCGAUUUAUAAAUAACAAUGCUGUAACAAAAAUGGCACAAUCUUCCAGCAAGUCCCCAGAGUUGCUGGCUCGGUACUGUGACUCUUUGCUAAAAAAGAGUUCAAAGAACCCAGAAGAAGCAGAGCUUGAAGAUACUCUAAAUCAAGUGAUGGUGGUAUUCAAGUAUAUAGAAGACAAAGAUGUUUUUCAGAAAUUCUAUGCAAAGAUGCUUGCAAAGCGUUUGGUUCACCAGAACAGUGCAAGCGAUGAUGCAGAAGCAAGCAUGAUAUCCAAACUCAAGCAAGCCUGUGGUUUUGAAUAUACAUCGAAACUUCAGAGGAUGUUCCAAGAUAUAGGUGUCAGCAAGGAUCUGAAUGAGCAAUUUAAAAAGCACCUGACCAAUUCAGAGCCACUUGACUUGGAUUUCAGCAUACAGGUUCUCAGCUCUGGAUCAUGGCCCUUUCAACAGUUUUGCACAUUUGCUUUACCUUCUGAGUUAGAACGAAGCUACCAGAGGUUCACAGCUUUUUAUGCCAGCCGUCACAGCGGGAGGAAGCUAACCUGGUUAUACCAGUUAUCUAAAGGCGAAUUAGUUACCAAUUGUUUCAAAAAUAGAUACACCUUGCAGGCAUCCACGUUCCAGAUGGCAAUCCUGCUACAGUACAACACAGAAGAUGCCUACACAGUUCAACAGCUAACAGACAGCACACAGAUAAAAAUGGACAUCUUGGUGCAAGUUCUUCAAAUUUUGCUAAAGUCUAAAUUAUUGGUUUUAGAAGAUGAAAAUGCAAAUGUGGACGAUGUGGAGUUGAAACCAGACACCUUAAUAAAGCUUUACCUUGGCUAUAAAAAUAAGAAAUUAAGAGUGAAUAUCAAUGUGCCCAUGAAGACUGAACAAAAGCAGGAACAGGAAACGACGCACAAGAACAUAGAAGAAGAUCGGAAAUUGCUUAUUCAGGCUGCUAUUGUGAGAAUUAUGAAAAUGAGGAAGGUUCUGAAACACCAGCAGCUUCUUGGAGAAGUCUUGACUCAGUUGUCUUCAAGAUUCAAACCUCGUGUUCCUGUUAUCAAGAAAUGCAUUGACAUUCUUAUAGAGAAGGAGUAUUUGGAGCGUGUGGAUGGAGAAAAGGACACCUACAGUUACCUGGCUUAAAUAAAUUUUUAUACAUAUAUUUAGCAAUUGACCGAGUGGUAAAACUUCAUUUGUGUGACCCUCGGCAGAUAGUAAAAGUUAUGUGAUGGAAAGAAUGGAGACACAACUGAACUUCAUAGGAGCCAAUAUGCUGCCACCUGGUUAACCUCUUAACACCAGGAAUAGGACUCCCAACAAGCCAGCCUCGGAUAUACAUCUGUACUGCUCAGGACUGAUAACAUUUCAAGCAUGUAAAUAUGGAAAUAUGGACACCAGUGCCCUUUAAUUUAAGAACAGAGGGGAGUCUGUACCCAUACAGAACAGAAGUUUGCAUGCUAGCACCUCCCUUCUUUUAAAUCAAUACAUUUUGGCUGUACAGGCAACCAUUAUCGGUGAAGACAGUCCCUAGAUAUAUUGGCAGCGCACACUAAAAGUUUGAAUGGACCUAAUGUAAUCUGCUAUGAAAAUCCCAUUUGUAUAGUGUGUUUCAUUUUUUUAAUGUGUGAAAAAUAAAAACAGAAAAAAUAUCACUUUCUGU